AAAGCUGGACAGCAGCUGCAAAGGUGUGUUUUCCUUUUUUUCUCCGCACGGUUUCGAGCGCGCAAAUCAGUCCGACCUUUUUUUCGACUUAGGUUGCCUUUGCGAUAGGCUCGAGCAUUUUUCGUCUAUUCAAGAAAGCUAUUCAAAACAGCGAUUGAAUUCGUUUAAUUCAGUUUUGUUCGGUCGAAAGUAGUGCCAGACUAGAAAUCCAAAAAUCAUGUCGCGACGGAUGGAAGGCGGGACAUCGCUUUUGCGAUUUGGAAACGCAACCACGAGCAGGUUCAGGUCACGACCCGGAGGCACCGGGUAGAAUGAUUAUUAGUAUGCAGCAAGCUGGCGUCCUUCUCCUUUCUCGAAAUCCACAGAAAAUCUGAUUAAGAUCAAGAGUUUCAACUCAAAUCAAUGCAACAAAUUUCUACUGUUCAGGCGUGUGGCCAGACCUGAAAUUUCCGACGAGCAGAAGCAGGAGAUAAGAGAAGCCUUCGACCUUUUCGACAGCGAGAAGACGGGAAAAAUUGACUACCACGAGCUGAAGGUAGCCAUGCGAGCACUGGGGUUCGAGAACACAAAAAAAGCGGAAGUGCUCGAAUACAUAUGAAAUGUAAAAAUGUCUGGGUCUGGAAGGAUGCAAGUUUGUCAUGCUUGUCUGGCAUGACUCGAGAAUCUGUGUUGCAUGGGGACGAAAAGGCCCUCCUACCUGUCAUGCAAAAACGCAGCUUGCCAUGCGGAAUACGUAAGACAUGGCAGCCAAAAAAUUUCUCAUGCAUAGCUGCGUAUUGCAGUGUGUCUAUCAUUCACUUUUAGCAUUACAAAUUUCCAGACCCAGGCAUUUUUGCAAUCCAUAAUACAUGCGGGAAUACGAUAGGGCAGAGACAGGGUAUCGUGACUAUAAUCAUUGUAUCAAAGUGAAAAAAGCCCCCACCCCAUAUCGGAAACGGAAGAUGCGCGAAUUUGUGAUGCUGUAUUUGAGUACACAAAUCGACUGGUAUUGCUAGAAGGCCAAGAGACGAAGCUGCGGCCUAAAUUGCAGGCAAUCUGUCAUGCUGUUUCCCACUUCCAGUUGCCUCCUGUCAUCCUGGAGCUGCAAGGCUUUGCCACCCUAGACAGCACUACAGUCCGCAUCUUUUGGCUUCUAGCAUCACAAAGCUGAUUUGUGACCACAAAUCUGCAUCACAGAUUUCCGUUUUGAUAUGGGGAGGGGGCAUUUUUCAUUGUAAUACAUUGUGUGAUGCAACUGCAUGCACUUUCUACGCAUAGGUUGAUGUGGUAAGCUCCGGAACAAGUCGUGUGUAUCUGUUCGAUUCAAAUUUUGAAUCUGUUCUCAGGUACAUAGACUAUGAAGCCUUCAAGGAAAUAAUGACGGAAAAGAUAGCAAACCAGGACCCGCAGGAAGAGCUCGGAAAAGCCUUCCGCAUGUUUGACGAAGACGGGACAGGUACAGAUACAGUGUUGUAGAAAAGCGAAGCGUAUUUACUUGAGCCGUAUGUUGUAUAUGCACGGCACAGAAAAGCUUUCAUGUCACUCCCAACCUCGACCUCCUCCUACAAUCCCAGGUGUAAUAAAUUUCCGAAACCUGAAGCGAGUAGCGCGCGAGCUUGGGGAAAAGCUUUCGGAUGAUGAGCUACAGGCCAUGAUUGACGAGUUUGACAAGGACCAGGACGGUGCGAUAAACGAGAAUGAAUUCGCGUCCAUAAUGAAACAAACGAGUCUUUAUUGACAGACCACUUCUUUCUUUUGAAGAAAAAAAAACUUGUUGCAUUUUGACUGUAUGAAUUCUCUUGCCUCACAUGAUGAAUAGUGCUAGUCCCUAUUCCUCAUUUCGUUUUUGCUUCGGAGCUUCACUGCGUGCAGUGAUCUUCGAAAGAAAAAUCAAAAACUGCUCACUUUUUGCCGAAAUUGACAACGCGUGAAUCGAAAGUGAAGUUUUUAUUGAAAACCCAGCUAGGUAU